GCACAAGUUACAUCAAUUGUUUGGUCAAAUCACUACAAAGAGGUAUUAUCAACUCAUGGAUAUCAAUUUACAAUCUGGAAAUAUCCUUCGCUAAAGAAAGUUAUUGAUGUUAAAAAUGCACAUGAGAAUCGUAUUUUACAAUCUGCUUUGAGUCCUGAAGGGGAAAUUGUAGCAACUGUGGCAGGUGAUGAGUGUUUGAAAUUUUGGCGUAUAUUUCAGAAGCAGAGAAAAACUAAGAAUGGUGGCACUGACGAUGACGACGAUGAUGACUAUGAUAAAAAAGAUUUGAAUAAUUUGAAUUCAAUUAGAUAA